CCAAAGUAGUUCUGUUCUCAGGUGGCCGACCUUCCUUACACAGAAAGAGUAAAAAAAAGAAAAACAAAAAAACAAAAAACACCACAUUCUCUGUUCCUCUCUGGUCUCUGCAAAAGCAUUCAGAUUUCAUACCCAAAAAUCCCCAAAGUUUCGUUCUUUUUCUUUCCUUUUCGAAAUCCCAAUUUUCAAUUUUACGGGGAAAUCUCACUUCCGCUUGCAUUUCAUUCGUUCUUUUGCCGCCGUGACUCGGUUCUUGAGGCGGUUUCCAUGGCGGCGGGGACGAUGGCGACGGCAGCCGGAGCGGCGGUGAUGCUGUACUAUGUCCUCAGCCGGAGGCUAGGCCGGAAGGAUUCGGAGGAGGAUCUCGACGGCGGCGGCGAUCCGUCGAAGUCAGGUAGAUCGGUUCGCCGGAGGAGGAUCUCACGGCGGCCAGCUCAGCCUCCGGCGACGCUGCUCGAAUCGAUCGUGACGCUGUCGGAGACGCUGAGGUUCACUUACUCCGAGACGCUCGGCAAAUGGCCAAUCGGCGACUUGGCCUUCGGCAUCAACUACUUCAUGCGCAAGCAGGGUAAUUUGCCAGUGGCUAGUGUUUAUGCUGGGAGUGAGUCUGUGCAACUGAAAGGGGAUGAUAUCAUUGUGGAGCUUUAUGAGCUGUUGAGGUUGUUGACACUUUGCAUGCUUUUCUCUAAGAAGCCAUUUCCUGUGUUCUUAGAUUCUGCUGGAUUCUCCCCUGAUGAUGUGCUCAUACAAAUGCCCAAAGCUGGGCUUUUGAGGCCUGCUUUUACAAUUAUACGAGAUACACAGUCAAAAUGCUUACUUCUAUUGAUACGGGGCACUCAUAGCAUAAAAGACACGCUGACAGCUGCAACCGGUGCUGUGGUCCCAUUCCACCAUUCUGUUUUAAAUGAUGGCGGGAUAAGCAACUUAGUUUUAGGAUAUGCACACUGCGGUAUGGUUGCUGCAGCUCGUUGGAUUGCAAAGCUCUGCACUCCUACCCUACUCCAGGCUCUUGGUGAAAGUCCAGAAUUCAAAGUCAAGAUUGUUGGACACUCACUUGGGGGUGGUACUGCCGCACUGUUAACGUAUAUUCUUAGAGAACAGAAGGAGUUCUCUACAAGCACUUGUGUCACGUUUGCUCCAGCUGCCUGUAUGACAUGGGAGUUAGCAGAAUCAGGAAAGAACUUCAUCACUACUAUCAUCAAUGGUUCUGAUUUAGUGCCCACGUUCUCGACUGCAUCUAUUGAUGAUCUCCGUUCUGAGGUCACCGCGUCCUCAUGGAUAAAUGAUUUACGGGAUCAGGUUGAACAUACAAGGGUCCUGAAUGUUGUCUACCGCUCUGCAACUGCACUUGGAUCUCACCUACCGUCUAUAUCUAGUGCAAAGGCGAGGGUAGCUGGGGCAGGCGCAAUUCUGUGGCCAGUAACCAGUGGCACUCAGGUUGUGAUGAAGCGGGCACAAAGUGUUGCUGAAGCUGUAGUCAGAACUCGUUCAUCAUUAUCAUCAUGGUCUUGCAUGAGUGCGCGUCGCCGGAAUGUUAGUUCAUCUCCAAACAGCAAAACAGGAGACUUAAGUGAAGCGUCUCUGAUAUCCGAAACAACUACUGAAUCUCUUUUGACCGAAGAGAUGGUAACAGAAUCAACCCUUAAGGAUGAACACAAUUCCUCAUCAAGUGGAGGAUCCGGCCACGAUGAUACGGAUGAAGAGGAACAACUACUUGCUGCCAAACAAGACAUUUCUGAUUCCACUGCAGAUCACAUAACAGAAGGCCAGUUGUGGUAUGAACUAGAGAAGGAGCUUCAGAAACAGGAGAAUUCCAUGGACAUUGAUGUUCAGGAAGAAGAGGCCGCGGCAGCGAAAGAGAUAACUGAGGAAGAGAAUCAGCUUGUUGAUGCUGCGGAAGGAAGCAAUUCGAUCACAACAUCUGAAAAUGUUGAUAGCCACCGGUUUUAUCCCCCGGGGAGGAUCAUGCACAUUGUCUGCAUGCCUUCCCCGGUUGAAUCAAAUUCCGAUGAUCCUGUCGAGGAACAUGUGGGCUUAUUCGAAACACCUAGAGAGCUUUACAGCAAGCUUAGACUUUCAAGAACGAUGAUAAAUGAUCAUUAUAUGCCAAUGUAUAAGAAGAUGAUGGAACUAUUAAUUCGAGAAUUAGAGAAAGAUACCACUGGUGACGUUAUAAUGUGAAAACUGAUCAUCGCUAAUUAUUGGUAACUGUAGAUUACGUAGGAUUUCUUUUAAUAUCCCUUUGCUGUCUUGGGAUAAUCUCGGAUCGAGUAAUAGUGCAAAAUUGCAAGUCAUAACAACAAAAGCAAUUUAUAAUUUUUUUA